CGGACUUCUUCAGUGGCUGCGAUUCAAUGCAGUCUAUCAAAAAUAACACUAAACUAUUGGGUCUGGAAGCCUCGUUCGUCCAGAACAAUGUUAAGCAUCGAUAUGCAGCCUAGCGCGGAUGGCGGUCAGGCGUGCUGCGGAUACCUGCAGCCGUCGUGUAACCCGACGGUUUCGAAGCGGCAAACCCCCACCAACCAAUAA